UAUCACAUUUUCGUUGUAAGUGUAAACAUGUCUGUUUGGAAAAAAGCAGCGAAAGCUCACCAAAAAACCCACAAAGAACGGCAUCAGCCAGAAGAUCGCGCUCAUUUAGGACUACUUGAGAAAAAAAAAGACUAUGUGUUACGCGCGAAAGAUUUCAACGAAAAAAAGAAUACGUUAAAGAUACUCCGCAAGAGAGCCUUGAACAAAAAUCCAGAUGAAUUUUAUCACCACAUGAUUAAUGCUAAAACCGAAGACGGAGCACAUUAUGAAAAGGAAAAAAACGACGAUUGUACGCCACAACAAUUAUUGUUGAUGAGAACACAAGAUUUGAAAUAUAUAACCACGAAAAAAACUCAAGAACUCAAAAAAAUAGAAAAAAUACAAUCACUACUUCAUUUAUCGAGUUUAGAACUUCCAAAACGCAAUACACAUAUAUACUUCGACAAAGAAAAGAAAAAAGAAGCGAAAGAAAGAACACUGAAGAUGUUGAUGGAAAAAGAAUUACCGGACGUGAGUGAAAAAGAUUUAAUGAAAUCGGCGAGAUCUAGACAGAAUUUAUACAAAGAAUUAGCCAAGAGAAUUGAAAGAGAACGAGAAUUAGCAGUUGUACAACAAAAGAUAGAAGUUAAACGAAGUUUGGAAAAUAAAAAAACCGUUUUACCUCCGAAAAAAGUGAAGAAAGGAUCUAAAGAUAGCGCUCCUGUGUACGUAUGGAAAUAUGAAAGGAAGAAAUAGUAUUUAAUAAAGAAACACGUUGAUUUUGGUA